UGCCCAACACUGUCCUGGGGCCUCUCCAGCUCACCAUGGCUCGGGCAUUGGGAGCGCCAGUUGCACUGUGGCUGUUGGGCUUGUGCUGGUCUUUGGCUAAAGCCCACCCUCUGGCUAAAGCUCCUGAGCUGGGGCACGGAGUUGAAGGUGGGAAUGUGGCCAAGCCGGAUCCAGACGUGAUAGAACGCUGCUCGGAUGGCUGGGGCUUUGAUGCUACCACCCUGGAUGAGCAUGGGAACAUGCUGUUUUUAAAAGGGGAGUUUGUGUGGAAGGGUCAUGCCUGGGCCCGGCAGUUAAUCUCAGAGAGGUGGAAGGAUGCCCCCAGUCCCGUGGAUGCUGCAUUCCGCUAUGAUCAAAACAGUGUCCUUCUGAUCAAGGGGGACAGAUUCUGGGUAUAUCCUCCUGAGGAGGGGCAGGAAUACCCAAAGUUGCUCCAAGAGAAGUUUCCUGGAACCCCAUUUCCACUGGAUGCAGCUGUGGAAUGUCACCGUGGAGAAUGCGCUAAUGAGGGUGUCUUCUUCUUCCAAGGCAACCACACGUGGUUCUGGGACUUCUCUACAAAAACCAUAAAGGAGCGUCCCUGGCCGGCCGUUGGGAACUGCUCUUCGGCCAUACGAUGGCUCAACCGCUACUACUGCUUCCGGGGUAACAAAUUCCUGCGCUUCAACCCUAUCAACGGAGAAGUGAAUUCCAGUUAUCCUCGGGAUGUCCGAGAUUACUUUAUGCCCUGCCCUAAUAGAGGCCAUGCACAUAGGAAUGCAACCCAGCAUGUGGAUAAGCGCUGUAGCCCACAUUUAGUCUUGUCUGCAUUGCUGUCUGACAAUCAUGGUGCCACCUAUGCUUUCAGUGAGAACCACUACUGGCGUCUGGACAGCAGCCGGGAUGGGUGGCAUAGCUGGCUCAUUGAGCAUCUGUGGCCCCAAGGUCCCUCAACAGUGGAUGCUGCCUUUCUCUGGGAAAAUAAGCUCUAUCUGAUCCAGGGUACCCAGGUAUAUAUCUUCCUGACAAGGGCAGGCUACACGCUCGUACAAGAUUAUCCAAAGCAGCUGGAGAAGGAAUUCGGGAGCCCUCACGGGGUCAGCCUUCAUUCCGUGGAUGCAGCCUUCAUCUGUCCUGGAUCUUCUCGGCUCCACAUCAUGGCAGGCCAGAAGCUGUGGUGGUUGGAUCUGAAUUUAGGAGCUCAAGCCACGUGGACAGAGCUUCCUUGGCCCCAUACGAAGGUCGAUGCGGCCCUGUGUACGGAGAAGUCUCUGGGCCCCCACUCGUGUUCCGCCAAUGGUCUGGGCUUGUACCUUGUCCAAGGCCCCAAUCUGUACUGCUACAAAGACGUGGAGGAACUGAGCAAGACCAAGAACCUUCCCCAGGCCCAGAGGAUGAACAGCCUCCUGGGCUGCGCUCCCCCCCAGCACUCCUGAUGCGAGUCUGGUCCAGUUCCUCCUCCCCAUCUCCUCACAGUAAAGCCACAGUGCUUCUUCACUUGAAUCAAA